UCCCUCGGCGGCCGGAACGACAUUUCUGAAUCUCGCGAUAGCUGAGCGCUGCGCUGUAUGGCUGGGUGGUUGCUGCGAUACCGGCUCAGUUGACCGUGGAGGCUUAAUGGCUGCUUGGGAGUCCGGGAGAAGUUCAAAAGGGAACAAACAUGGCCAGCAGUCACAGACUCCAAUAGCUCGUCCUUCUUCAAGAGCAGGAAUAGGGCUGACUGCAAGGCCUACCUCUUCAUCAAGGACUCCAUCAGCAACCAGAAUAGGAACAGGGAUGCCUCCUAGUACAUCAAGACCCAGUUCUCGUGGUGGUUGUUCAACUAGUGGAGGAGUAUUAUCAUCUCAGAUUAAGGUUACAGACCGUCCAGUGACUCAGCAGGGAUUAAGCGGCAUGAAAACUGCAAUGAAAGGUCCUCAGAGACAGAUAAUGGAUAAAACGUAUUACCUUGGACUGCUGAGAAGUAAAACAAAUGAACUCACAACAGAAAUUAACAAGCUGCAGGAAGAAGUAGAAAUGUACAAGCAAGAGAAAUCUGUUUAUUUGUCAUAUGAAAAAAGGGCAGAGGCUUUAGCUGGUGAAAUCAAAGAAUUUCAAGGUCAGCUAGCAGACUACAACAUGGUUGUGGAUAUACUUAACACCAGUAUGGAUAUGGCAGAAGUGAUUCGAGAUUACAAUGUGUUAAAGGUUCGGAAUGACCGAGACGCUCAGAGUGUGGAUAAAAUUUUCACAGAAAGACAAGCAACAGAAAAGUUAAUUCAAGCUGUAGAAGAAGAUAUUGAACAUGAAAAGGUUGUAGCAGAUGACAUAAUAAAAGACAUGUCGCAGGAAAAUCAAGCUAAAUAUAUGGAGAUGAAGGCUGCAAAUGAAAAACUCUCCCAGGAAUUGGUUGUUCAACAGCAGGAAUUGGAUGCACUAAAUGUAAAGGAGGAGGCUCUAAGAGCUGAAAUAGCACACUCGCAAGUGAAACAGGAGGCUGUGCAGCUGUGUGAAAAGCUCCAUGAGCUUGAGGAACGUCGAGAUCAAAUGAUUUCUGAGGAUAAGAACAUGGAAUCUCCACAGGAGGAAAGAGAGAGAUUACUAAAGCAGGUUAAGGACGAUAGUCAAGAAAUAGCAAGCAUGGAAAGACAGCUGACAGAAGUAAAAGAGAAAACAAACCAUUUUAAAAAGGUCAUUCAACAACUUGAUAUGGAUCUGGAGAAUUAUCAAGGAGAGGAAAAUUGGAAAUACAAGGAGCUGAAGAAGAAGGAAGAAAGCAUGGACAAUUUUCUUGAGACUUUUGAAGAGGUGAAAAAUCAGGAAUUGGAACGAAAGGCCCAAACGGAAGCCAACAUUGUUGCACUCCUGGAGCACUCAAGCAGGAAUGUGAAUCAUAUGAAACAAAUUUCAUCUGUUACCAAUCAAGAGCUGAAGAUUAUGCAGGAAGACCUCACUUUCAAAUCAAAUGAAAUGCAGAAAUCACAGAGCACUGCUAAGAAUCUGCUUACAGAGAGUCAAAAACUGCAGAUGGACCUACAGAAGAUGGAACUUUUGGAGGGCAAGAUGGUUGAUGAACUGGCUUCUCUUAAAGACAAAAUUGAACAAACAAAAGUGGAGUUGGAGGUCUAUGGUAAUUUGCCAGCUCUGAAAACAUCAGGAGAAGAGAAGAGAAAGAGACUCCAGGAUGACAAAGAAAAAUUAACAAAACGUAGCCAUGCUUUCAAAAAAAUAAUGGAACACUUGAAUACAGAGUAUGAGACAGUAAAGAAAGAACUGCAAGAGAAUGAGACACAUUCUCAGCUUACAAAUUUGGAGAGGAAGUUGCAGCACCAUGAGCAAAAUAACUUUAUGAUGAAGGAAUUCAUAGCAACAAAAACUCAGGAGAGUGACUACCAGCCAGUAAUGAAGAACGUUAGAAAGCUGGUCACAGAAUACAACAAAGCUCUCAUAGAAGCUUUACAGAACGUCAAGAACUGAACGCAGGCACUUCUUUCCUGUCCCAAUGGACCAACAAUGAGAGAUGGGCACAGGCAGCGUAACAAUCUGGGCUACUGAGCUCAUUUGCUCAUCACUACGGUGACAGAUAUUCUUAAAAGUAUUUUUCCAGGUUUUUAGAAGUCACAGGUUUUAAUAGUAUCCCUCCUUUGCAACAUUUAAAAAUUUUAGAAAUAAACUUCUGAAUUUUAGAAACUUGUAGACAUAAAAAGGAAGUACUGCACAAUGAGUGUAAAAUCAUCAGAACAUUCUACUGAGGCCCAUUGCUAGAUUGCAUCUCAAAUGCAAAACUUCAGUCUGUUUCACACAAUGAAUCUCUAAUUGUCUUGUAGUCCUAUGCCUGCUGAACAGAAUAGGAGUUUUCCCUGAAUAAGGACUGCCUGACAGGCUCUCAUAUGCAUUAUCUUAAAUGAAGUGUAGAACAAGAUAAAUGGUAAUACCAGCAUACCAUCCCUAUUUAAACAGCAAUUUAUAACAAGUGAGGAAAACGUAUAAGGGUGGCAAGCAUCCUUUUUAGUCAGAAUUGCUUCAUAGUAUAAAGUCUUAGAGUAAAAGCAAAUGUACUUUGGAUUUGUCAGCAAAUUUUGAUAUCAUAGAAUCCUAGAAUGGUUUGGGUUGGAAGGGACCUCAAAGAUCAUCUAGUUCCAACCCCCCUGCUACGUGCAGGGACACCGUCUGCUAGACCACGUUGCCCAAAGCCCCAUCCAACCUGGUCUUAAACACUUCCAGGGAUGGGGCCUCCGCAACCUCUCUGGGCAACCUGUUCCAGCACCUCACCACUCUAACAGUAAAGAAUUUCUUUCUAACAGCUAAUCUAAAUCAACCCUUCUUCAGCUUAAACCCAUUACCCCUUGUCCUGUCACUACACUCCCUGAUAAACAGUCCCUCACCAGCUUUCCUGUAGGCCCUUUCAGGUACUGGAAGGCCACAAUUUAGAUCUCCCCGAGCCUUCUCUUCUCCAGGCUGAACAACCCCAACUCUCUCAGCCUGUCUUCAUUGGUGCUCCAGCCCUCUGAUCAGCCCUCCUCUGGACUCACUCCAACAGCUCCAUGUCUCUCCUGUACUGGGGCCCCCAGAGCUGGAUGCAGUACUCCAGGUGGGGUCUCACAAGAGCGGAGUAGAGGGGCAGGAUCACCUCCCUUGACCUGCUGGUCACACCUCUUUUGAUGCAGCCCAGGACACGGUUGGCUUUCUGGGCUGCAAGCGCACACUGCCAGCUCAUGUUGAGCUUUUUCAUGAAUCAACACCCCCAAGUCCUUCUCCUCAGGGCUGCUCUCAAUCCAUUCUCCACCCAGCCUGUAGUUGUGCUUGGGAUUGCACCAACUGAUGUGCAGAACCUUGCACUUGGCCUUGUUGAACUUCAUGUGGUUCGCACAGGCCCACCUCUCCAGCCUGUCCAGGUCCCUCUGGAUGGCUUCCCUACCCUCCAGCGUGUUGACCACACCACACAGCUUGGUGUCGUCGGCAAACUUGCUGAGGGUGCUCUCGAUCCCACUGUCCAUGUCGCCGACAAAGAUGUUAAACAGUGCCGGUCCCAGUACCGACCCCUGAGGAACACCACUCAUCACUGUUCUCCACUUGGACAUUGAGCCGUUGACCACAAUUCUUUGAGUGUGACUAUCCAGCCAAUUCCUUAUCCACCGAGUGGUCCAUCCGUUGAAUCUAUAUCUCUCCAAUUUAGAGAGAAGGAUGUUGUGUGGGACAGUGUCAAAUGCCUUGCACAAGUCCAGGUAGAUGACAUCUCUUGCUCUUCCCUUAUCCACCGAUGCUGUAACCCCAUCAUAGAAGGCCACCAACUUUGUCAGGCACAAUUUGCCCUUAGUGAAGCCGUGUUGCCUGUCACCAAUCACCUCCUUAUUUUCCAUGUGCCUGAGCAUAGUCUCCAGGAGGAUCUGCUCCAUCAUCUUGCCAGGCACGGAGGUGAGACUGACUGGCCUGUAGUUCCCCAGGUCUUCCUUUUUUCCCUUCUUAAAAAUGGGGGUUAUGUUGCCCCUUUUCCAGUCAGUGGGAACUUCGCUGGACUGCCACGACCUCUCAAAUAUGGUGGACAGUGGCUUAGCAACUUCAUCUGCCAGUUCCAUCAGGACCCGCAGAUGCAUCUCAUCAGGUCCCAUGGACUUGUGCACCUUCAGGUGCCUUAGAUAUUCUCAGACCUGAUCUUCUCCUACAGUGGGCGGUUCUGCAUUCUCCCAGUCCCUGCCUUUGCCUUCUGUCAUCCGGGCAGUGUGGCUAGAGCCCUUGCUGGUGAAGACUGAGGCAAAAAUUUCAUUGAGUACCUCAGCCUUCUCCGUAUCCUGGGUAACCAGGUCACACAUUUCAUUCUGGAGGGGACCCACAUUUUCCCUAGUCUUCCUUUUAUCACUAACAUACCUACAGAAACUUUUCUUGUUAUCCUUGAUGUCCCUGGCCAGAUUUAAUUCUAUCAGGGCUUUGGCUUUCCUAACCUGAUCCCUGGCUGCUCGGGACAGUUUCUCUGUAUUCCUUGUAGGCUACCUGCCCUUGCUUCCAACCUCUGUAGGCUUCCUUUUUGUAUUUGAAUUUGCCCAGGAGCUCCUUGUUAAUCCAUGUGGGCCUCCUGGUGGUUUUGCCUGACUUCCUCUUUGCUGGGAUGCAUCGCUCCUGAGCUUGGAGGAGCUGACCCUUAAAUACUAACCAGUGUUCUUGGGCUCUUCCCUCUAGGGCUUUGUCCCAUGGUACUCUACCAAGCAGAUCCCUGAAGAGACCUAAGUCCCUUCUGCUUUCUUGAAGUCCAAGGUAGCGAGCUUGCUGUGUGCCCUCCUCGCUGCCCUGAGAAUCUUGAACUCCACCAUUUCAUGGUCACUACAGCCAAGGCUGCCCUUGAGCUUCACAUUCCCCACCAGCCCUACCUUGCUGGUGAGAACAAGGUCCAGCAUGGCACCUCUCCUUGUUGGCUCCUCUGUCACUUGGAGGAGGAAGUUAUCAUCAAUGCAUUUCAGGAACUUCCUGCGUUGCUUGUGCUCUGCUGCAUUGUCCCUCCAACAGAUGUCGGGGUGGUUGAAGUCCCCCAUAAGGACCCCAGCUUGUGAGCGUGAGGCUGCUCCUAUCUGCCUAUAGAGGGCUUCAUCUGCUCGGUCUCCCUGGUCAGGUGGCCUGUGGCAGACCCCCACUAUAAGUUCUCUAUCUUCCUAAUGGACAACUGAUUAACUUCCUUAUUUUAUACUUUUUAGUGUAAUUACAAGGAGAGAACUGUGUUAAAAAGUAGUGGAACAUAGCUAAUACAGAUCUUUUGUAAAGCAUUUUACUUUUUAGUAUUCAUCAAAAAGGAAGUGAAAGGGAAUAUUACUUGUAUUUUCUGCAAUGCUUUCUUUCCUCAGGAUUCAAGCUGCAGUGUCAUAUGCAAAUUCUACUUUGACAAAAAUAUACAGAAAAAGAUUCAACAUAGAACAAAACCAGGACUGAUCCAGAAAUAACAAUGUGCUCUAUGAUACAGAAAUUUCAGAAAAAGUUUACAUGAAACAAAAUUUCCGUGUGUAUAUUUCCCUCACAUUCUACAUGUAAUUAUAAACUACCUAAUGAUAAUUUCCUCCACCUGGUAUGUUGUAAGCUAGUCAUGAUCUAGGAAUCUUAGCCAGACAGUAAUCUAGCCUUUUACAAAAAAUAUAAUAAAAAAACAGUGGGAUCUGCAUUUAUAGUUGUUAUGCUCUCUUAGAAAAGUUUUCUGAAGAAAUAGUAGACUAUAUGCUUCACUUUAUAGAACUGGAGUAGAUAAAGAAUUAGAAAAUGCACUGUGUCCAUUAAAAUAGAAGUUCUGUGGUUUUGUCUCUAAUUUUCUCCAAAUCUGUGAUUGUCAUUUUGAGUAUAAAGAGGUAUGCAAAACAAAAAUACUGAAGAUUUUUUCAGAGAGCACUGUGUUUCCAAAUUCAGCACACUAAAUGCUGUUGCUCUGUAUAUUUAUGCCUGUAUAAUAUUUAGAGAUAAUGGAACAGGAUUUCAAUAAACCAAGGACUGUUAUCUAGGGGAAA